AAGAAAAACUAAUUUUCUAUUGCCUAAUUUAAGGCUUUCAAAAGAUACAAGUGCCCAAAUUGCUGUGUAUUUUCCCACCUCUAAUUCAUUUUCUUAAGGCCUGUUGCAUAUUUUUUAACAGUCACUUUGAAGUCCCUAAGCAGCAACAUAGGGCUCGCCGAGACCGCUCUAUUGGACAUCAUGGCUGCCAAUAUACAACAGCAGCGCUUAAUUAAUGAACAAUUAAGACGCGAGGUGGAAAUAUCAAGAGCCCGUGUCUCCGACUCCUGUAUGUUAAUGAUGAAAUACAUGUCGGAACAUGAAAAUGAAGAUUGUCUACUAACCGGUUUUACUAGUCAAAAGUUGAAUCCUUUUAGGGAAAAAAGUUCCUGUAGUGUUUUGUAAAUUGCCCGAUUGAAUUGAUAUGAAAAAAAAAACUUAACAGUUCCUAACACUUCUAUUAACGGAUUUUUGAAAAACACACACACACACAAACAUAUAACAUGGAACUCAAUUAUUUAUUGGUAGUAUUAUAUACAUACAUAUUAAAAACAUAUACAUACAUAUUAAUAUAAUUAUAUAGAAAAAGUAUAUGCUUACUAGGCAUUUCCGAAAACUCACAGUAUUGAAAACAACAUGAAUUUCAAAAUAAUACAAAAUAAAUCACUAUUCAACCGUCUAUUGUUAUAUACAAUUAUAUGAAAAAAAAAAACAAGAAAAUGUUUUAAAUAAAACAACAAAAUAUUUUAUUAACUUGUAAUUCCUGUUAUAUCAAGGGAAAGCUCUCUAUUGGAGUAUUAUAUAAAUGUUAAAUGGCAUGAUAACUGGAUAACUAAAACUUUCUCUCUAGAUGAAACUGAAAUUGCAUGCACUUAAACUGAAUUAUUAAAAAAUACAAAUAACAAAGUAUCAAAUAAAUGUAUUUGUUGUAGUAUUAAAACAAAAAAAAAAAAAAAACUAUAUC